AUAACAUCAAAUAGUGCCGAAGAAUUUGGUUUCUGUGACAUGUCGAUUAUGACGUCAUAGCCCGGUGUACAUUAUUAUAUUUCGCGAAUCUCGAGCGGCAUUUGCAAGAAAGUGCACGAGUGCGUUCAAUUUACACGUAUGGGAAGCUUAAAUCAAGCGUGAUGGAAUAGAGCGACGAGCGACGAGAGAACGAUCGGUAUAUAUUCGUACCGCAGCCUCUUCUGUCGCUUUUCUAACCUGUUCGCAUCAUUGCUCGUCUUCCAUCACGGAUGUCCGGGUGUUUUUCGUGUAGGGACUGGUGCAAAAUCAAUUACCGGUGAUUAUUUAAUCGCACGAGAAACAAUAAUAUGAUGUCGCGGUCAGUGCGCGCAGAGACCCGUAGUCGUGCUAAGGAUGACAUUAAACGUGUAAUGCAAGUAGUUGAUAAAGUUCGUCAUUGGGAAAAAAAAUGGGUUACUAUAGGAGAAACAACUAUGAAAAUAUACAAAUGGGUUCCGAUUUCGACUCUUGAUCAGAAGAAAAAAGGUAAAACAGUUUCUGAUAAGGAGAAUGGUUUACCAAGAAAAGGAGGAAUAGAUUCAUCAAAUUCCAAUUUUGGACUUACAGAAGAUUCCAAUACAUGUUUUUCCACUGUUAGUGAUUCUCAAGGAUUGACAGAUUUUUCUGCACAUUUGGGUUUUUCAGAGGACUCCAAUUCACAAAAUAGCGAAUCUGCACCUAAGAGAUUAAAGACUGACUGAAUGUUUAAUUCACAAUCAACAUCAUUGUCGCUGUCACAUAUGAUUUAACACAUUAUUUAGGAAUCAUUAUCUCUUUGGGAUUUUGCACUUGACAAUUUUGUGUUAAUUUAUAUCUCUUGACACGGAUGAAUUGCAAGAGAAGCAUCAUCCAAAUUUAGUGUGAGAAAUAUCUUAUAUAUACAUAUACAUAUAUAAUAUGUAUAUAAUUAUAUAUAU